AUGCCGAUUCAGGCCGAGGAGCUGGCCGAGGCAUCUGUCUGCCAAGGAGCAGAGCCAGAGCAGCAAGAAGAACAGGGAUCAGCCGACAGAGUGCCGCAUGAUCAGUGGUUCAGGAGCCUGCGCGCACGCCUGCGGCAGCGCUUCUGCCAAGUCUGCGAUGUGCAGGAGCUGCAUGGCACCGUUGAUGCCAAGGUCGAUGAGGUCUUAGCCAGACUGCAUGACGACUCUGCGAGCGCCCUGGACCAGGGCAUCAGCGUGCCAAGUGGACUGCGGCACAGCCGAGAGCAGCCCUCAUGCAGCCUGGAUGAUGCAGAUAUCAGCUGCAGCUUACUCCAGCAAGAAGAAGAGCAGCCUGGCAUCAUGUUGGACCCAGGACAUGACGAUGUGAAUGUCGACCAGACCCCUGUCUCAAGCUUUGGGAGGCUCGAUGAUUUCUUCCAGUACAAUGCAGACUUGGAGGAGGUGAAUGUGAACAGGCCAGGGCCCCUUGUGUGCUCACCUUUGGCAGAGCUGCAGACCGCAGGCGCCAUCACACAGCAUGCAGAUCUGCCAUGGAUUAAUGAUGCUGAGAUCCUAGCAGAUCAUUUCCUGCGCAGCCCGUGCCCAUCAUUGUCCUCAGAUGCACCAGCACUCUCUGGAGAUGAAAUCAUAAGCCUUGGUGUCGCUGAUAGCCCCGGUGAGUGGGACAGUGCAGUGCAGUCAGAGAAGCAAGAUGAUGCAGCCUGGUUUGACAGGGCCAUGACUGAGGUAGACGGUCCAGACGUGUCUGAGGAGAGCAAGCUGGACAUUGAGAACUUUGCACAGUUCUGCGCAUCGCUUGAGCAGUGA